GCCGUCAGUCGCCGCAGGUCGAUGGUGUUGUCCGUACCGACGGUCCGUCCGUAGCCGUGCUCGCGAUGCGUCCACCGAUGUGUGUUUCUGCACAUGGCCGUGCCGCCCGACAGGCCUCCACACUGCUCCGCGGCUUUUGGCGACCCGACACCGAAUUGUGUCCAUUAUUUCUAGAAGAAUUAUAUUAUACUUUGUAUCCUCAUCAUGACUACGUCGUCAGAAGAUGUUUUAAUGCAAGUGAGUCAAGUGCGUUAUAAAAAAGGGGAUGGUACUUUAUAUGUGAUGAACGAACGAAUAGCAUGGAUGCUCGAUAACAGGGAUACUGUAUCUGUCAGCCAUAAAUAUGCCGAUAUUAAAUCGCAAAAGAUAUCACCAGAGGGAAAAUCAAAGAUACAAUUGCAGGUGGUGUUACAUGAUGGUACAUCAUCUACGUUUCAUUUUGUAAAUAAAAAUGGACAAGAAGCACAAAUUAAAGACCGCGACGAUGUAAAAGAGUUACUGCAGCAAUUAUUACCAAAAUUUAAGAGAAAAGUUAAUAAGGAAUUAGAAGAAAAAAACAGAACCCUCCAAGAACAUCCUGUAUUGCUCCAAUUGUAUCGUGAUCUAGUUAUCACACAAGUUAUAUCAUCCGAAGAAUUUUGGUCUCAACAUGCCGCUGAGUAUACACAAGCCAAAAAGAUUCAACGCCAAGAUAUAGGUGUUAAUAGUGCUUUUCUAGCAGAUAUAAAACCACAAACUGAUGGCUGCAAUGGAUUAAAAUACAAUUUAACCAUCGAUAUAAUAGAAUGUAUAUUUAAGACUUACCCAGCCGUUAAGAGGAAACAUCAGGAAAAUGUGCCUCACAAAAUGUCAGAAUCUGAUUUCUGGACAAAGUUCUUUCAGUCACAUUAUUUUCACAGAGAUCGUAUCAAUGCUGGGACCAAGGAUCUUUUUACCGAAUGUGCCAAAAUAGAUGAUCAAGAACUUAAGAAGGAACUUCAGUCUGGGAUAAACGAUCCUUUGGUAGAUAUUACUUCCUUUGAGGAUCAAACAUUGGAUGAAAACUAUGGCGGAUGUAAUAAAUCUGAUAAAACAUCGGGAAAUAUCGUUCAUCAAAGUAUGAUCAAGAGGUUCAAUCAACAUAGUAUAAUGGUUAUGAAAGCCAGCACUGCCAAACAAUCGACGACGCAAAUUAAUCAACCGCAAUUAAAUGGAUCUACACCAUCUGCAAGUAAAGUUACGAAUAAUGACUUGGACGCUGGACCAAAGACUAAAAAACGUAGAAUACAAGAAAAGAUAACUUACGAUGAUCUCGACACGAGCUGUGACAUAAAUACAAAUAAGGGAACACCAUUGAAUCUGUCACAUGUAGAUAGAUAUUUGCAUGGACCUAUACCAGGAUAUGGAAAUACAGAACCAACUUCAGACGAACUACUCAUUACAUUAAGCCAGUUGAAGAAGGAAGCUUCUGGGUGGCUGUGUGGUAACACGUUACCGCGACAGGCAGCGACAUCCUUAGUUAGUCCGGCUGCAGCAGUAUCGGCUUUAGGUGAAUUAACACCUGGCGGAUCUUUAAUGAAAGGUUUCCGGGAAGAGAGUCUCGGGCAAUUAAUACCAAAGGAUUUGGAGAAAGAAUUGUGUAAUAUAUAUGUGUGUGCGUGCGAGUUGUUGAGGCACUUUUGGCGAAGUUUUCCUCCGACGACACCGCAACUCGAGGAAAAAGCAAUCAGAAUGCACGAAUCUUUACAUAGAUUUCAUUCUGCUAAACUAAAACCCUUUGAGGAUCGUGUGCAAAGAGAAUUCUCUGCAGUUAGUCAACAUUUGACGAGCCAUCUCAAUCAAUUGCUAACCGCUGCAUAUGGAAAGUUUGCAAUGUGGCAACAGCGGAAAAUGCAAAUGAGGUAGCCGUUCGUUAAAAUCUUUUAAAAACAGCAACGUAAACAGAGCAAUAUUGAUCACAUAUUGCAUUUUGUAAUGUUACCGUAAUUAGAUAUUAAUGUCGAUGUAUUUUACAUAAAAAAAAGGAAAAAACCAAAGCGCUAUGCCAGGUCACAUGCGUCCUGUUGCCACACACAUACUAUCUUUAUUUAUUACUAUUACUUUUAAACAUAUUUAUAAAAUAGUUUUUUGAACUGUCUUCGCAAUAUAAUCAUCCGAAUUCAGUCGCAACCGACGGUAUAUCAAUCCGCAACUAUGUAUAUUUUCGUAAUAUAUGUAGUUUAUAGCUUAUUUAUUUACUAAUGGAUAUACCACAUAUGUUUUGAGAGAACGUGUUCAUACUUAAAAGCGCACGGAUGUUCUAAAAAUAUGUAUCAUUACGCUCAGAGAAAAUGAGUUUAUAAAUCUUUAUGCGAGAAAGAUGUAGUUAUAAUCAUGUAAUGUCUAUGAUAUGCGACAAUUUUAAUUUAAGAAUAUUCGAAUGAGACGGGUGACUGCGAAGUAUUGUACGAUAUCAAAAUAACUGUGAUACCGCCACUGUACAGUCAAGCUUGUUAAUAUAUUUUUUCGCCUCGAUAAUAUCUUCGUGAUUACAUUCUUGAUUAUUUCGUUGAAAUUUAUAGAAUAAUAACUUAUACAAGUCUUUAUUUAUUCUUUGAUCUUUGCAUCUUUUUCUGUGACGAGCAAAGAUCAAGAUAAUUAUUGCAGUUUAACGAUAGCGAAAAUUUACUAUGUAAAUUUGAAUCUCACGUCUCUCGAAGAUCGUUGUAAAAAGUUUGCAAAUUCUACCAUUUAUUUUUACAGACAGUGGCAUUGGUAUACUUUGUAUGAUAUCUGCGACAUACUCAACUAAGUGUCUUAAUUGUUGAAUCCUAUUUUUUCUUUACACUACUGGGUAAGGCAAUUCGCGGAUUCUCAUAAACUGCCUACUCGGUCUCUACUGUAGCAAUAAUUUGGCAGUUGUAAAAAAAUAUGAACGCGAUACCUAUCUCUUCAAUCAUGGAGUAAUGAUUGAUUGUACUUGCGCGUUACGCUAUUUAAUUAUUACUAGGCUAAUUAAUAUUAUA